AUGAGUUCGAAUCUAAGGAAUGGAAGUGAGAGUUCCAGCUCGAGUUUGAAUAGCAGUUUUCGUGACACGGAGGAUGAUCAAACCAUUGCAAGAAUAUUAGCAGAAGAGCGAACUCUCAAUACAGGUAGUAGCAGACAGUUUGGGAAGCGACUUUCCCAUUUAGAUUCUAUUCCGCAUACUCCUCGUGUUAAUGGAGAGAUUCCUGAUGUCAAUGACGCCACACUUGAUCAUGAGACGCUAUCAGAAAGGUUGGUUACAUAUGGCCUGUCAGAACUGCAGAUGGAAGGCGAUGGAAAUUGUCAGUUCCGAGCUAUAGCUGAUCAGUUGUUCGGCAAGCCUGAUUACCACAAGUAUGUGAGAAGGCAGGUUAUUAAGCAGCUAAAGCAUCACAAAAAAUUGUAUGAAGCUUACGUGCCAAUGGAGUACAAAAGCUACAUAAAGCAAAUGAAAAAAUCAGGAGAGUGGGGAGAUCAUGUUACUCUUCAAGCAGCUGCAGACCGGUUUGAUGCGAAGAUUUGCUUAGUGACCUCUUUUAGAGACACUUGCUAUAUCGAGAUCCUUCCGACUAACAAAAGGCCCACAAGAGAGCUAUGGCUAAGCUUUUGGAGUGAAGUGCACUAUAACUCAUUGUACACAAAUGGAGAUGUUCCUACUAGACUUCCAAAGAAAAAGUAUUGGCUCUUCUAG